GAGCUUUCAAAUUCGAACUUGCCUCUGAGGAUUGAUUGGCGGAUCUUUAAAUCGCCUCCAGCAAGCGAGCUAGUGCUUGCUUCAUUUAAACCGUGACAGACGUCUCCUGUUUCACUGGAGACAUCACAGCAGACAAGUCGAUUGGCUGUGGCAAGUGACCCUCUCUGUGGUUGAAGUGUUCUGAGGACGGGCCAGAAGGGCGCGCCAUGCUCGCCCCUUGCUCAGGCUGGGAGCUUGGCUGCCUCAGUCUCCGUCAGGUCCGACUAUGGGCUGGCGCUGGGCGCUGGUCUUGCCGGGAGUGCCAAGCCAGGCCGUACGGCUCAGGUCGGGGGGAGCGCUGGCCAGGAUCGGAGGCUGAGGUCCCUCCUCCUGGCCCGGCGCGACGGACUCUGAAGGAGUGGACGCUGCAGGUGAGCCCAUUCGGUCGGCUGCGGGCGCGGCUCCCAUGCCACCUGGCCGUGAGGCCCCUGGACCCCCUCACCUACCCGGAUGGCGACCGAGUGCUGGUCGCGGUGUGCGGCCUGGAGGACGGUGAGCGGCGGGUCCUGGAUAGCUUGUUGGUGAAGUACGACGAGACUCUUGAGGAGAUGGCCAUCGUGUCUGAUAGUAUCGACCCCCAAACGUCCGUGGAGGUGAACGCGCCCCUGAAGUUUGGUUUGGAUAUCAAGUCAUCUGGGUCUGGUUGUGUAAAAGUUCAAAGUAUCGAGUGUGAUAACUGUAAAAUUGAAACUGAGCAGGGGACCAGCGUCCUGCAGUCUGUUAAGAGUCAACAAUUGCAUGUUCAAACAAAAGGAGGCAAAGUGAUCUUUCUGGGAACAGUUUAUGGAAAUAUAGAUAUUCAUGCAUCAGAUAAAAGUGCUGUGACCAUAGAUAAACUGCAGGGAAGUUCUGUUACUGUAUCUACAGAAGAUGGUUUGCUGAAAGCCAAAUACCUUUAUACAGAAUCAUCAUUUCUGUCUUCUGCUGCUGGGGAUAUUACAUUAGGAAGUGUUCAUGGUAAUAUAACAUUACAAAGCAAGAUGGGUAACAUCACAGUAGAUUCAUCUUCUGGAUGUCUAAAAGCCUCAACUCAUCAGGGUGCCAUAGAUGUUUAUGUCAGCCAACUGGGGAAAGUGGAAUUGAAAUCCCAUAAAGGUUCUAUUAUUGUCAAGGUCCCAUCUUCUCUUCAAGCUUAUUUACAGUUAUCAGGGAAAGAGGUUGACGUGAACUCAGAAGUCCAUGUUCAGGAAAUGGCUGAAGAGCAUAAAGAUGAUGUUGUAACAAUGACUGGACUCAUGAAUCAAGCAAGCAAACAUGAAAAAUGGAUUAAGGCUGAUGCUCCAAAAGGGACUUAAUAGCCAUUCCCAGCUACUUAGGAGGCUGCGGCAGGGGAAUCACUUGAACCUGGGGGAUGAAGGUUGCCGUGAGCUGAUAUCAUGCCAUUGCACUCCAGCCUGACAGAGCGAGAGACUCCAUCUCAAAAUAAAUAAAUAAAUAGCCAUUCUGACUGGUGUGAGAUGAUACUUCACUGUGAUUUUGAUUUUGCAUUUCUCUGAUGAUUAGCAAUGUUCAGCAUGUUUUCACAUGUUUGUUGGUCACUUGUAUGUCUUCUUUUGGGAAGUGUACAUUCAUGUCGUUUGCCCACUUUUUAAUGGGGUAGUUUGGUUUUUGCUUAUUGAUUUAUUUAAGUUCCUGAUAAAUUCUGGAUAUUAGACCUUUGUCAGAUGCUAAUUUGCUAAUUUUUUCUCCCAUAUGUUUACUCUGUUAAUGGUUUCUUUUGCUGUGCAGAAGCUCUUAAACAUGUAUUUUGAAUGGUAUCAAGAAAGUUAAAAAUAAUGAAAUGAAGUCAGAAAUAAAGAUGUUUUUUGAAACCAAAGAGAAUGAAGACACAACAUACCAGAAUCUCUGGGACACAUUCAAAGCAGUGUCUAGAGGGAAAUUCAUAGCAAUAAAUGCCAAAAUGAGGAGCAAGGAAAAGUCUAAAAUCGACACCCUAUCAUCAAAAUUGAAAGAGUUAUAGGAGCAAGAUCAAGAAAACUCAAAAACUAGCAGAAAACAAGAAAUAACUAAGAUCAGAGCAGAACUGAAGGAGAUAGAGACACAAAAAAACCCUUCAAAAAAAUCAAUAAAUCCAGGAGCUGGUUUUUUUAUAAGAUCAACAAUAGACCACUAACCGGACUAAUAAAAAAGAAAAGAGAGAAGAAUCAAAUAGAUGCAAUAAAAAACAAAGGGGACAUCACCACCGAUUCCACAGAAAUACAAACUACCAUCAGAGAUUACUACAAAUAACUCUAUGCACACAAACCAGUAAAUCUGGAAGAAAUGGAUAAAUUUCUGGAUGUGCUGGAGGGUUUAGACUUGCAACCUCCCAAGACUAAACCAGGAAGAAGUUGAAUCCCUGAAUUGCCCAAUUAAAAGGUCUGAAGUUGAGGCAGCAAUUAAUAGCCUACAACUAAAAAAAGCCCAGGUCCAGAUGGGUUUACAGCCGAAUUCUACCAGACAUACAAAGAGGAGCUGUUACAAUUCCUUCUGAAACUAUUCCAAACAAUACAAAAAGAGGGAAUCCUCCCAACUUAUUUUAUGAGACCGACAUCAUCUUAAUACCAAAACUGGGCAGAGACACAACUAAAAAAGAAAACUUCAGGCCAAUAUCCAUGAUGAACAUCAACGCAAAAAUCUUCAAUAAAAUACUGGCUAACAGAAAGCAACAGCACAUCAAAAAGCUUAUUCAUCAUGAUCAAGUAGACUUCAUCCUGGGGAUGCAAGGCUGGUUCCACAUACGCAAGUCUAUAAAUGUAAUCUGUCACAUAAACAGAACCAAAGACAAAAGCCACAAUUAUCUCAAUAGAUGCAGAAAAGGCCUUUGACAAAAUUCAACAGCCCUUUAUGCUAAAAACCCUCAAUAAACUAGGUAUCAAUGGUACAUAUCACAAAAUAAUAAAAGCUAUUUACGACAAACCCACAGUCAAUAUCAUAGUGAAUGGGCAAAAACUGGAAGCAUUCCCUAAGAAAUCUGGCACAAGACAAGGAUGCCCUCUCUCAUCACUCCUAUUCAAUAUAGUAUUGGAAGUUCUAGGCAGAGCAAUCAGGCAAGAAAAAGAAAUAAGGGAUAUUCAAUUAGGAAAAGAGGAAGGCAAAUUGUCUCUAUUUGCAGAUGACAUGAUUGUAUAUUUAGAAGACCCCACCUUUUCAGCCCAAAAUCCCCUGAAACUGAUAAGCAACUUCAGCAAAGUCUCAUGAUAUAAAUCAAUGCACAGAAAUCACAAGCAUUUCUAUACACCAAUAACAGACAGAGAGCUAAAUCAAAAGUGAACUCCCAUUCACAAUUGCUACAAAGAGAAUAGAAUACCUAGGAGUACAACUAACAAAGGAUGUAAAGGAUCUCUUCAAGGAGAACUACAAACCACUGCUCAGUGAAAUCAGAGAGGACACGAACAGAUGGAAAAAUAUUCCAUGCUCAUGGUUGGAAGAAUCAACAUCGUGAAAAUGGCCAUACUGCCCGAAGUAAUUUUUAGAUUUAACACUAUCCCCAUCAAGCUACCAAUGACCUUCACAGAACUGGAAAAAGCCACUUCAAACUUCAUAUGGAACCAAAAGAGAGCCCGCAUAGCCAAAAUAAUCGUAAGAAAAAAGAACAAAGCUGGAGGCAUCAUGCUGCCUGACUUCAAACUAUACUACAAGGCCACAGUAAUCAAAACAGCAUGGUACUGGUACCAAAACAGGGACAUAGACCAAUGGAACAGAACAGAGGCCUCAGAAGCAACAUCACACAUCUACAAUCAUCUGAUCUUUGACAAACCUGACAAAAACAAGCAAUGGGGAAAGAAUUCCCAGUUUAAUAUAUGGUGUUGGGAAAACUGGCUAGCCAUGUGCAGAAAGCAGAAACUGGACCCCUUCCUGACACCUUACACCAAAAUUAACUCCAGAUGGAUUAAAGACUUAAACAUAAGACCUAACACCAUAAAAACCCUAGAAGAAAACCUAGGCAAAACCAUUCAGGACAUAGGAGUAGGCAAGGACUUCAUGGCUGAAAUACCAAUAGCAUUGGCAACAAAAGUCAAAAUAGAUAAAUGGAUCUAAUUAAACUCCAGAGCUUCUGUAUAGCAAAGAAAACAAUCAUUAGAGUAAACUGGCAACCAACAGAAUGGGAAAAAUUUUUUGCAGUCUACUCAUCUGACAAAGGACUACUAUCCAGAAUCUACGAAGAACUAAAGCAGAUUUACAAGAAAAAAACAAACCCACUCAAAAGUGGGCAAAGGAUAUGAACAGACAUUUUACAAAAGAAGACAUAUGAGGCCAAGAAACAUGAAAAAAAUGCUCAUCAUCAUGGGUCAUUAGAGAAAUGCAAAUCAAAACCACAUUGAGAUACCAUUUCACACCAGUUAGAAUGUCAGUCAUUAAAAAAUCUGGAGACAAUAGAUGCUGGAGAGGAUGUGGAGAAAUAGGAACACUUUUACACUGUUGCUGUGAGUGUAAAUUAGUUCAACCAUUGUGGAAGACAGUGUGGCACUUCCUCAAGGACUUAGAAAUAGAAAUACCAUUUGACCCAGCAAUCCUAUUACUGGGUAUAUACUCAAAGGAUUAUAAAUUGGUCUAUUAUAAAGACACAUGCACACGUAUGUUCAUUGUGGCACUGUUUACAAUAGCAAAGACCUGGAACCAACCCAAAUGUCCAUCAUUGAUAGACUGGAUAAGGAAAAUGUGGCACAUAUACAUCAUGGAAUACUACACAGCCAUAAAAAAUGAUGAGUUUGUGUCCUUCAUAGGGACAUGGAUGAAUCUGAAAACCAUCAUCUCAGCAAACUGACAUAAGAACAGAAAAGCAAAUACUGCAUUUCAUCGCUCAAAGGCGAGUGUUGAACAAUGAGAACAUGUGGACACAGGGAGGGGAGCAUCACAUACUGCAGUCAGUGGAGGGGGCUAUGGGAGGGACAGCAGGGGGUGGGAAGGGAUAAUGAGGAGAGAAAUGCCACAUAUAGGUGAUGGGGGAGAUGAAGGCAGCAAACCACUUUGCCAUGUAUGUACCUUUGCAACAAUCCUUCAUGAUCUGCACAUGUACUCCAGAACCUAAAGUACAAUAAUAAAUAAAUGAAUAAGAAAAAAAUGUAGAAACUCUAUUUCUGCCAGAAACAUCUCUCUCUCUCUCUCUCCUGCCCCUCCCUUUUCUCUCUUAAUAGCUUGAUUCUGUAGUAUGAUUAGCACCUAGGAGCUAGGAAAUAUUGAAAAGAAAAUGUAUUCUUAGGAACCACUGUGUGUUCUAAAUUCCAUAGAGCACAUUUGGAAUCCUUUGACUCAUUCCAUCCUGUUUUGGCCUACCUGACUGUGAGACCUUGUGUGAAAUGAUUUGGGAAUUCAACCAGUGUGCUGCAAUGGUUAGUCAUCAUUACUCAUUUAACCUGGUGAGAGAGGUUUCUUUGGAUCAGUAUAGAACAGUGAUUUUCAAACCUGAUAUGUGACAGUUGUAAUGUAUCAUAUUAGGUGGUUAAUAAUAACACUGUACUGAAGUUUGUUAGUGACUUUUGUUAUUUAUAAAUUAAAAGAGAUUCCGGGUUAGCCCUGUAGUAACAUUAUGUGCCCUUGCUCACCUUUCCUUCUAAUCUCUUGAGUAGUCAAAAAAAAAAAAAAGGGGGGGAAUGUUGGAGCCACCACCACAGACUGCUCAUAAUCCACAGCCUCUCUUAUUGUGCAUCAGAUGGGCACAACAGAGCAUGUGUCUACCCUUACCAAUCACAUCCCUUGAAUGUCAGAGCUUUUAAAAAGUUUGAGAAUGUAAUCUAAAGGCAAAGAGCAGCACAGUGUGAUUAAGACCUAGGUAUAAAGUAUGGCUCUCCCUAUAUGUGUAACUGUGGUACCUUAUUUAACCUGUUUAAACUGGUUUCCUUAUCCAUUUUUUGAUAAAGGGUAUUUGUGAGGAUUAUAUAAUAUAUGUAAAAUAGGAUUUAUCACAGUAUGUGGCAAAUAAUAAUUGUUAAAUAACAUUACUUGUUCAUACCAAUAAUAAAAGUCAACAGCUCCAGAUCAAAAGGGUUUGAACCUUUCCAUGAGCUGGAGAGAAUUCUCCAAGAGUUUUAUUUUUUUAGCAACACAGAUCUCCUAGAAUGCCUGAGCAGUAAGAACUACCUGAGUUGACCCUUCUAGCAACUGCUAAAGAAGGCCUUCAAGGAAUCUUCACACUGUUAUUUGGGGCUCUGAAGGCCACUAAGACUUUCUCUAUGAUUUAUCUAGAAUGGAAGUUUUUUUGCUCCAGACACAAAAAUACCAGAAAGGUCCCUUUACUUUAAAAAAAAUUUUAUUUCCAACUUUUAUUUUAGGUUCAGGAGUACAUGUACAAGAUAUACAGGUUUGUUACAUAGGUAAACGUGGGCCAUGGUGGUUUGCUGCACAGAUCAUUCUGUCACCCAGGUAUUAAGCCCAGUAUCCGCUAGUUAUUCUUCCUGAUUCUCUCCCUCCUCCUACUGUCCACCUUCUGACAGGCCCCAUUGUGUGUUGUUCCCACCCAUAUGUCUAUGCACUGUCAUCAUUUAGUUCCCACUUAUAAGUGAGAACAUGUAGUAUUUGGUUUUCUAUUCUUGGGUUAGCCUUUUUGCUAACUAUACAAUUAGUGAUUCUUCAGGUUCUCUGUGGUUCAGGCCCUCCUGGGUUGUAGGGGCCAUUGUGAAGGUCUUUCUUCCUCUCGCAUACUCCUUUUACCCUGUUGCCUUUCUCCACAGAGGGCCAUAAGUGGAAUGGGUAGCUGUCACAACUGCUUCAGAUACAAACAACUAGAUUUUUUUGUCAUGUUUUCUCAUCAUAGUUGUUAUUUAUUCCUCCUUGAAAUAAAGGAGUCUUUAUCUUGCAUCCACAUGGCGCUUCUGGGGUCACUUCCUGGAAACCCUUCUGACUCUGGGGUUGGUUAGAAUGCCAGCUGUAUCUUUUGCUGGGAACUCUACUGCAAAAGAGCUAGAGCCAAUUUGCUCAUCGACCAAAAGUUUGCUGCUCCUCUGGUUCAAAAAGGGUGAGCUGAGCAGACUUCUUUGAUUUCCAAAGCUGGUGCAGUAGUUUCAGAUUCCAUUGAGUAUGAGGGAAUUUAUAUAUAAAACAGUCUCUUCUGAUGGCUGUAAUUGGAUUUUAAGGGCUGCAUCAUAUAUUGUUUUCAUGGUCAAAAUGGAAUCAAGCAUGUGGAGUGCAUUGCUUUGUGAUUCAAAGUAAUUGAGCUUCUUGUCUGUUUCACCCAGGCAAGACAAAGCCUCUGCAGUUGAGGGAGCCACACUGGCCCUGGGUAAAGACUGAGCAUAGGUAAGGGAUUAGAGAUCAUCAAGGGCUUGAGUUUUGAAGGGUCUACAUACACUCUGCAUUUCCAACUCCACCAAAGGAUCUAAAUGCAAAACAAAGCUGCUCUGUAAGACAGCCCCUAGAGCUGAUCCCAAACAGCUGCAUGCAGCUAGGCCUUAUCACUUCUCUAAUCAAAAAUUUUGAGGCCAGUGUAUUUCAGGAACCCCCUAACUGACAAGUAGCACCCUCUCCUAGAUGUUGGACAGAUAUUGGACACAAAAAAACAGAUGUUUCUGGAGCAUUACUAGUCUAAACACUGGGACUCUCAAAGCCACUCUGCAGUGAAGACUGUCUCCAUUGCUAGCCAAAGAUGGAAUCAAGGGAUUAUUUCCUGAUAGAGCUAAGCAAGGGUGGAGCUUUCAGGGAGACUAAAAGGUGGUGGUGUGGCCUCUUUAGACAAUGAGGUGCACACACCAAACCAGCCCCUUUCUAAGCAUUAGGGCCAAGUCUCUGCCUGCAUCUUGUUGUGGAUAGGGAUAGCCAAACUUGAUUGUAGAAGAUAAAAUAGGCCUUUUGGCUGUUAUGGCUUAGACAAUGGAAUUUUUCAUAGCUAUAGCUGAUUAAUUAGAGUUCUUCAUUGGGGUUUUGGGACAAAGCCCAGCUAGUAAUCAAGUCUUACUAUGCCUUGUUGUUGUUGUUUUUUUCUUUUUAAUAUAUAUUUUUAAAAUUUAGGGACCAAGCAAGAAAACUGAGCAGUUAAAGGCAGGAUGUGGAUAUUACUGCAUAUCCUGGGUCUUCUUGACCAGUCACUAUAUUAAUCAUACUUCAACAUCCCAUAUGUUGCUAUAAUAGACUACUACAGACUGGGUAAUUUAUGAAGAAAUUUCUCAUAGUUAUAGAGGCUGGAAGUCCAAUAUCAGGUGCCAGCAACUGGCAGGGGCCUUCUUAUAUUUAUUCUCAUAGUUAUAGAGGCUGGAAGUCCAAUAUCAGGUGCCAGCAACUGGCAGGGGCCUUCUUGUUAUAUCAUCCCAUGGCAGGAGAGAAGGGGCCCUAACUCAUCCUUUUGUCAGGAACCCACUCCCAUGAUAACUAACUCACUUCCACUAUAAUGGCAUUUAUCUCCUAAUCAACUCUUAAAAGUCACACCUCUCAAAAAUGUUGCACUGAGGAUUAAUUUUCAACACAUGAACUUGGGGAACACAUUCAAACCAUAUCAUCACACCAUGAUUAGGUUCAAAGAGACCCUUGCCAGAAAGUCUCCAUUCAUUCCAGAAUCUUAUUAGAAGUUCAAUAAUAUUAGUUCUUAUAAAUAGUGAUUGGCAAAAUACAAUCAAAAGAUUAGAAGCUAAGCUCCUUUGAGUAACACAUUAUUCAUUCACUGUCAUCUUGCCCAAAGUUGGCUGUUAAUAAUCUAACGAGUUUUGGCAGAGACUCCUAGGACCCGAUUUCAUGGUAUGUUCUUUCAAUGAGGUUAAUAGUAUUCAUAUCAGAGUCAUCUCUAGACCUAUCAGGAAAAGUUGAGUUUCCAUCCCUUCUCAAAAAUUUUCAAGGACCUACCCCCUUCUCUCUGAUCCAGCUCUGGCUGGCUGCCCUCCUUCUGCAGGCGUGGGCCCAGUGAGAAUGGCUAUUUUACAAGUAAGUUUUCUUUCUUUUUUCCAUUUCAUUUUAACACAUACUGCUUGGAUAAGAAAUCAUUUUCUUCUUCAGGCCUCAAGUAACCAGGGGCUCAUGGUUUAGCUCACACCACAGCUACUUAGUUAAGAAAGUUCCUACAUGAAAUCUACAUGCCUGGGCCACAUUGUACACUUUAUACUUUGAUAAUAUUAAUUCUUAGUAUUUUUCACACCUGCACAAUAGAACCUUACCUUCCAUGUCAGGGGAAGGUCAAGGAUUCUUAGUUUAAGCAUUUUAUAUGUUAUUUCAUCAGGUCAGUUAAAAUGCUUGCAUAUUUUUGCCCUCAGUCAAGAGGCAAAAACUUGUGAGCUGGUUUAAUCAGAUUAUUCUCAAUCUCCUAGGGGAGAUUAACUGAAUGGACUGUAUUUUGAGAAAUGAACAGAGGAAGAGCUAGAGUUAAAGCUUUGGACACCUGCUUGGUCAAGGAAGGGAAGAUGCUUAAAGUCAAAUGCCUACUGGGAAAGGAAUAGGAAACCACAAAGGCCACUUUAGAACAACUCACAAUGUUUGCUUUAGUUAGGCAAAAAAUAAAAUGAAAUGAAACUUCCUAACACUGAAAGCCACUAUGUAUUAUGAACAUCAUAGCCAUAUACUAUGUUUUCUCAGAAAGUAGUCUCAAAGUUUAUCAUAGUCAGGUACAUACUUACUUGGAA